AUGGCCUAUUUCAAUGACAAGGACGCAGCAGCAGCAGCAGCAGAAGCCCUCCCACUCGCCGCCCAACAUGGGCAUGCGAGCGCCGUGCACGAGCUCCUCGAUGCCGCCGGUGGUGCUGAUGUUGCUGCGCUCAUCAACGACAUUAUCGGCGACGCUGUCUGGCUCGCUUCAGCAGGCGGCCACAAGGAUGUUGUCGAGCUACUACUGGACCGCGGCGGCAAGAGAUCACUGCAGCCACAAAACACCCACUAUGACGCGUGGAAGAAAAGCGGUGAGGCUGAUACGAGAGCGGUAAUCUGCAUGUUACUUGAUCAUGGCGCCGACGCCAAUGCCAAAGAUGGAAUGGAUUCGCGGUAUGGCCUCUUGCUCCAGAUGGCAGCAGCCGACGCCAACGCCUCCCUCGUCGAGCUCCUUCUCGCACGCGGCGUCGACGUGAACGCUGCGGGCUUCUACUACGGCACCGCCCUGCAGGCCGCAGCCCGCCACGGCCACGAAGCCAUGGUAUCGCUCCUCCUCGCUGCUGGUGCCGACGUCAACGCCCUCCAAGGCCGCUACCAUACUCCGCUGAGGGCCGCAGUCGUCGGGGGACAC